ACUGGCAGGCAUGCCGUCCAAGCGCCGCAACAACGGCCGCUCGAAGCACGGCCACGGCCACUCCGCCAUCGUCCGCUGCUGCAACUGCGGCCGCUGCGUGCCGAAGGACAAGGCCAUCAAGCGGUUCCAGGUCCGCAACAUGGUGGACGCGUCGUCCCAGCGCGACAUCCGCGACGCGAGCGUGUACCAGACGUUCAUGCUCCCGAAGCUCUACAUGAAGAUGCUGUACUGCGUGUCCUGCGCCAUUCACGGCCGCGUUGUCAGGGUCCGCAACAAGGUCCUGCGCGCCAGCCCCGAGGGCCGCAUCUACGUGCGCCCCACGUUCGGCAAGGGCGGCGGCAAGGGCGCCUAGGGCGGCGGCCAGUGAGAGGGGGCGGGGAAAAACGAGCGCGCUCCGGCGGCCGGGCCCGGCAGAGAGCUCCCCGUGCCGCGCGAGAGGCUCAAAGGCGCCAGGAGGAGGAGGAUACGAUGCUCGGCUGCGCGCCCCAGGGGGAA